CGCAUCAGAAUUUGAGAAUUUGAGAGCAUCUCAACUUUCAGCGUUCUUUUGUGAUAAGUGUUUAGUGUAGAGUAGUACUGCCCCCUCGGAGUGAAAGGCUUCCGUCUCCACCAUCCGCCAAUAUAUACCGUCGCUAGAACCACAUAUCUUUGAAGAGCUUCCACAGUGAAACACAGUCACAUUGCCCAUAAUUGCGUCGCAGGCUCUCUGAUAAACCCGCUUGGCAAUGGCACAAAACAUCUACGAUACUUCUGACUUCUUCAGCGAGUACUCCAAGCUUCCAAGGUCGAUGCGGGGCCUGGACGGAGCACCAGAAUGGCCGACAUUGCGAAUGCUAGUUGGCGACAUCAGAGACAAGAGGGUCCUAGAUCUGGCCACGGGUUUUGGCUGGGUUGCUCGAUGGGCAGUUCAGGAAGGAGAUGCUAGAUCGGUACAUGCGAUCGAUAUAUCCGAAAAUAUGUUGAAACGGGCGCGAGAGAUGACGGCUGCGCAGGACAUUGUUGAAGGCAAGAUUACAUAUCAGAGAGGGAAUCUGGAAGAUUUGACGUUGUCCGAGGGCGAAUACGAUCUUGUGUACUGCUCGCUCGCAUUCCAUUACCUACCGACCGACAAAUUGAGGCGUCUGCUCACGGAGAUUUACAAGAGCUUAUCGUCGGGCGGCAAGCUGGUCUUCUCGGUGGAGCAUCCUGUGAUGACGGCGCCGUCCGAUGCGCAAUGGAAAUGGGAUAACGGUCAGGUAUUCUGGCCACUAAAUCAAUACUGGAAGGAAGGCCUAAGGAUCACCGACUGGAUGACUCCCGGCGUCCGCAAGUACCAUCGCACCAUCGACACUUACCUAACCCUGCUCAUCGAGGCUGGCCUCAUCUUGACGGCUUUCAAGGAAGCCUGGGAAGGACUUGACCUCGAGACGAAACUGGAAGAGACGGGCGAGGGCCAUAGACCUUACUUUCUUUUGGUUUCUGCGAAGAAACCUUGAACCAGCUCCCUUCACCUCUCAUAUUUCCAAAUCGUCACUACAGCCUUGAUUGCUUCUGGAUGUCGUAACGACACGUGCUACAAUAUAUUCACUGUGCAUAUCAUAUACAGUCAUGUUAGAAAGGAUG